AGCAUUUUGGCUUGGACAUUUGCUUCUCUUGGAGCUCCACCCAGCUUACACGCGAGCAAAGCUCUUUUGUUUUUGUGUUGGCACGAUUGGCCCUAGCUGUGCCAGCUUGUUGAUGCCAUGUCUUUGAAAGUUGGACUGGUGCAGAUUCAGCCUGCAAGCGAGCCGCCAUCAGUUGGCAAAGCUCAGCUCGUACAGCAUGCAGCAGACUUGAUCAGCAAGGCACCGCAGGCGGACAUCUAUGUUUUGCCGGAACUAGCCCCGACUGGUUACAAUGCACACGUGUUCAAUUCUCUGGACGAGAUGUCAGAAGAUGAGCGACUGGAAACGGCGCCUUGCCGGCAAGCUCUUUCGCUGGUCGCCCGGGAGCGUGGCGCGUAUAUUUGUUACGGAGUUCCAGGCCAAAGCCAGUCUGGGUUUUGCAUCCGGCAGGUUGUGUUGGACCCUUCAGGUGAGGUGAUCGCAAGCUACGACAAGAUCCAUCUCUGCGAUUUUGGGGACUGUGCAGAGACUCGGCACUUCACCUGUGGAGAAACCUUGUGCACCUUUGACUGUAAAGGCUUCCGCGUGGGUUUGUUGAUAUGUGCUGACAUUCGCUACACAGAGCUCUGCCGGGAGCUUGCAGUGGGACGAGGGUGCGAGAUUCUGUUGCAGCCCGCGGCCUUUGCCCGCGACGUCACGUAUGCUACGUGGCAAUCUUUUGUAGAGUGCCGUGCUCUAGAGAACCAGGUGUAUUGGGCUGCUGUGAACUAUGCGGGGCCGGACUUUGGUGGUUCAAUGUGGUGCCCACCAUGGGUUGACGGCAAGCACAAGAUCACGUCAAGAAUUGGAAUGGAGGAAACCGUCGUGGUUCAUGAGGCGACCAAGGACGAAUUGAGGUCAGUCAAAAGCUCUUUCCAAUUUAUGAGGUGCCGCAAGGAACGAGGGGAGUACAAAUGAACAUCACCUGAUAGUCAUGUGCUGUGCUAGCCAUCGCGG